ACACGCAAGGAUUCCUUGAUUUGGUCAUUCACCUCUUGAGUCUUGCCUCUUGGUCUUGGUCACCAAGAAUCAAAAGAUUCACAAGAUCAGACCCUAAAAGAUCUUGAUUUUCGAGUUGUCAGAAUACCCACAAACAUAAUUUCAAAGAAUGCAGUGUCCAAGCAAUAAUUUCUUCAGAUACAACACCACUUUAUGCGCCUGCAAUCCAGGUUACUUUUACAACACCACCGAUAACACCUGCUCUCCGGCGACCUCCUCCGGUGCCGACGAGUUCUUGGUGGGUUCUGGAGUUGACUAUUCAAUCAACAUCCCUGCUAACCUCUUCUCAUUUGACACAAUUAAGAAAUUCACACAAUCUCAAGCUGUGUUUCUUGAGACUACCCUUGUGUUACUUGCUUCGUGGCUCGUAUUUUGCUUCUUUGUGCGAUUUGGGAAGCUCGGUGAUGGAACAACGCUUUGGUUUCAGAUCAGAUGGUGGAUUAGCAGACUGGAUGUAUCCUUUGCUACUCGCCAUUGGCUGGAUGAUCAAAAAGUUGUCAAGAAGCGAAAAACAGAACUUGGUGGAACUUUCUCGAUUGCAAGCUGGAUUCUUUUUAUUGGUCUGUUUGCUGCAUUACUAUACCAAAUCAUAUCAAUGAGAACCGUUGAGGUGCACAGUGUGAUCGCAACAAAUGCACCCGACUUAGCAUCAUUCCACAACGACAUGGAAUUCAACAUAACCACCAUUUCCACCAUGACCUGCUCAAAUCUACAAGGACUUUCCACUUUGGUCACUGGGAACCCCGGUUUUAUUAAUUACCGAACCGCCCCUCUUUCCACUUUGGUCAACUUCACCUGCGAAAACACCACAACGGGCCCCACAAUAUCUCUAAAAUGCAACGAUUGUCAACUCCUUCGUGACAAUUUAUACAUCUCAUGGCAAUUUGUUGACCUCCCAAAUAUGCCUGCAAUGGCGGUUGGUUUUGAGUUUAAGCUGAGCGCAAGAGACCCGCGUCACAAAAAGCAUGUGAGUUUUGUAAGUGGGGCUUUGAAGAAUGGAAGUACAAAUAGUGCAAAGUUUGUGACAUAUAGAGGGAGAGAUCCGAAUAUUUUGCAAUUUAAUUUGUUUCCGAGAAUAUACCGGACUAAACACGAUCUUAAACUCAUACAACCUCUUUUUCAUGACUUCCUUCCUGGUUCGUCUCAUUCUGAGACGAACCAGCUGCAGGCCUCAUUACAGAGGCCUGCAGAUGGGCUCGUGAAUAUGACAUUAUAUGUCAAUUACCUUUCGUCCUACAUUGUGGAAAUCGACAAUCAAAGCACUCUUGGGCCUGUGGGGUUUCUUGCUGAUGUUGGCGGCUUGUAUUGCAUUAGUAUUGUCAUAUUUUUCUACCUUAUGGUGCAAUUUGAGUAUAGAUUCAAGAGGUUCCGUAGUGAGGAUAGAGUGAUGAGAAGUAUUAGAAAUCGCCGGAAAGCCCAAGAACGAUGGAAUAAGUUGAGAAAGUAUGUAAGUUUUACGUGGGGCCCUGGAAUAUUGCCUUCAGAAGACAAAGCUUUUGUGGAAAAGGAAUGUUGCAAUUGUUUUGCAGUUCCAAAGAGAAGGAAACAAACAACAAUGGAUAAUAUCAGUUUCAACACUACUAAAGAGAAGCAGGUGGUACAUGAUGUGAAUUGCAAAGAGGAAAAUAACAGAAAUAGUAGCAGCAUGCAUUCAGAUACGCCUCAACAUGAUAUACCUUUGCCACCAUCAUUAGAAAUCAUGCCUGGUUCUGAAAUCAGCAUUCAAGAAAUCCAUAAAAACCUCAAAAAUCUGUAUGAAUACAACGUGAUGCUUCGAGACAAGCUGGUUACAACUCGAUCCAUGAUCAAUGCUUUAACAUCAAAGGCUUCUGCUGCAUCUUCAUCGGAUCAGAGACACCAAUAGCAUAAGUUUAGCACUCCAUGCUUUUAAAAUAAGCUUGGUUUGUAUUGUUAGGGUUUUGUAUAUGUAAAUUCUAGGGGGGGUAAUGCAGAAUGUGUAUGGUUUGUAAGGACGAUGUAGGUAUGUGGUGUGCUAAUUCUUUCAUUGUAUAUGUUAGGUAAUAGAUAUGGGCGUGGUUAUUCUUCUACGUGUCAUGUUCAUUUAUUCAUCCA